GAGCAAUCAGUAUUUGUUUUGCGUUCGAAUACGCUAGACCUUUGUUUCUGACUAUUUUUCGUCUGGGAUUAUAAUUCUGUCUAUAGAGCUCAACUGCCAAAAUGUCACCUAAUACCGAUUCAGAGGAGCCUUUUAAUCCGAAUGAGUUUCUCGCAAUACCGAAAUGGAUAAAUGAGGAGUAUUUUCGACCCAUCAUUGAGCAAGAUGUGACAGACUUUGCCAGCAUCAAAAACUUUAAGCCCGUUGCAGCAACUCAGCCAGGUGAAAACUAUACGUCGAUUAUGGUGCGUGUCAUCAUAGACAUCGAGCUCAAAGAUGGCACUGAGCAGAAAGUAUCGUACAUAUUGAAGACUAUGCUGGACGUAGGAAAGGGAGGUGCUUUUGUGAAUGAGAUGAACUUGUUUCCAAAAGAGACCGAGAUGUACCGGUUGCAUAUACCGAGCUACAUUAAGCUCUACAAAGAAGCGGGCAUCGACAUUGAGUUAGCACCGAAGUGCUUACAUGUCGAAGAGACUCCAGAGCGCAUAACCCUUGUCCUGGAGGAUCUAAAGCGCCAGCACUUUUAUAAUGUAGAUCGCCUCAAGGGAUUGGAUCUGCCUCACAUGCAACGGGUGCUACGCAAAUUGGCGGAGCUGCAUGCAGCCUCAGCUGUUAAAUAUGAACAAAGCGGACCCUUCGCCCAGAUGUACUACGAAUCAUUCUAUAAGGAGAGCAAUCGUGCCAUUUUCGAGCAAUUGGGCGAAAUGCGUCUGAAGCAGUAUUUCAAGGCUAUGAGGGAAUGGCAGCUGCCGGAUGUUGAGAAAUAUAUUUCGAAUACACCUUCUCCAAUGGAAAUGUUUGAGGAAUCACUUCAUCUGAAUAAGGUGGACGAAACUGAGUUCAAUUGCCUAAAUCAUGGAGAUCUUUGGUGCAAUAACAUAAUGUUCGCUGAUGAGGGACCCGUCGAGCGCACCCUAUUUGUGGACUUGCAGGUGGGCAAGUGGGGAUCACCUGCACAGGAUCUUUGGUACUUAAUAACGACCUCGGCAUCACUUGACAUCAAGGUCAAGGAAUUCGAUUAUUUCAUUAGUUUCUAUCACCAACGUUUAGUGGAAUGUCUAAAACUGCUGAAGUACUCAAAACACAUUCCCUCGCUGAAGGAGUUGCACAUCAUGAUGUUGAAAUACGGCAAGUGGGGCCCAGUCACAGCGAACGGCGUACUGGUUGCGAUAGUCCUGCCCUCCGAUAAGGAUUCCAGUAUCGAUAUGAUGAUGACGCCGGGACCAGAAGGCGACGCUUUUCGCUAUAAGACCUUCAUCAAUCCCUACUAUGUGAAGGCUAUGCUCCAGCUGUUUCCGUUCUUUGCCAAUAAGGGCUUACUUUAGCAACAUUGGCAGUAUACAAUUUGUGUUUUUUUAUCAUUUCGAUAUGCUGGUGAUACUACAUCUAAAACUAAAAUACAACCACUUCCUGUAUAUUUCGACAGUCAUUCCAUAGUAAAAUUUAUCAGUAUAUAUCUGUUUUUAACCAAUGCCAAACGCACCUUUUUAAACUAAUACUCACCAUGACUCGCAGAAACGGGCACGAUGACUAAUUUGUGUUUAAUUGAGGUGCUACAUAAUUGCAGCUUGAAUACCCUAUUCGUGACUAGAUGUUUAAGAUUGACUCCAUUUGUACAGACAUUUUUAUAGGAAAGAAAAAAACUUACCAAUAAAUGGCAAAGGCAAGAUUCAA